AUAUGAUGUCUAUGGUGGUUAGUGUAGGAUGGCUCUGGGAUCAGGGUGUGGUUGUACAUUUCCUCUCUGGAUGUCUAAGCGAGGGGAAACCCCGUAGAAGAGCGCAGAUCAAAACAACAACAACACAGAACAGGAUCAAGUGGGUGGAUCGGUAGAGGAUUGUUGGGAAUUAUACAGAGGAAAGAAAGGAGGCGAAAGAAAAAAUAGCAAUGAUCAGAAUGAAGGAUUUGGUAACAUUAAAUCCAGAAAUAUAUAACAGAUCGAUUUUGACGCAGUAUCUAAAAAGUACUCGGAUAUAUGGGGGUAUGAAUAUAAAAUGUAUUUGCAGCAAAGGUGAAGUAAAUAUUGGGAAGAGUAUAAACUGGAUUGUGGGGCUUCGCUGAAAGCUAUAGAGGAGAACUGCAGAAUGGCGACAGAAAUGGCUGGAGGUCCCACAGCAAGGACCCUCAGAAGGAAAGUCCCUCAGCAUGGACAAAUCCAAGGGAAGAGGAAGGACGCUCCUGACAUAUAUCCUCUGGCCCAGAUGCUUCAAUGUUCUGCUGCUGCUGCUGCUGUUUUGCUUCAUCAACUCUAUCGGAAGUGCCACUGCAGGAAACUCUCCUCGACGUGUGACGGGGGAAAAAGGAGGCAGCGUCACCCUGCCAUGUGAAUUUCAGCCCAGAGACGAUUCUCAUAUUGUUGUAUUCAGACAGUCAAAAAAAAUCCUUGAUUGUCAGAAUGAAGAAUGUAGUGAAAGAUUUGUCAAAAAAGGAUCAUGUGACGUCAUCAUCAAGGAUCUGAUCUUCAGUGAUGCUGGGAAAUACUUUCUGAGAGUCUUUAACACUGAUGGUCAGAAAGAAGUGGAGAGGGACUACCAUCUUCAUAUUCAGGGCAAGAUUUUUGGAAAAACGGGAGAGGAGCUGAAGAUGAAUAUUCUGUUAGCCAAUGCGGAUAAAGUGAAGACGAACUCCAGUGGAGAGUGGACAGAGGUGUGGACGAGAGGUCACGGGGUCAGCAGUGAUCGACUGACCGACAGAGAUGGAAAUCUGACCAUUAGUAAUUUUACAGUCUCUGACACUGGAACAUACAGAGUUCUGGACUCUGAAGAAGAAAUCUUGAUCACAGUCACAGUCACAGAAUCUAGUCCAGGAUCAAAUGGAAAACUGGACAUGGAUGAAGAACAACAUACUGCAGGGUUUUGGAUUUUGUCUGUUGGACUGCCUGUGCUUGUGAUUCUGGUUCUGGUGGGUGUGACUGUUGUCAUCAAGAAACAGUAUCUGGAUGAACGUUACUCACAGGGCCAUCGAAGUCCAGAGGAAUCAGAUCAAUAUUAAUCUCUCCUGAGGGCACCUGCGGAAAAUGAUUAUUCUGUAAACAUACCCAGAACAUCUAGUGACGACACGGGUUACUGUAAUUCACCUUCAGAGCAAACAGAUCUGCAGAGGAUUCUGACAACACACUGAAUGUCUGCAGCUGGAGGUGUGCAGAAUUUAUCGUCUGUAAUAAUAUCAUAAUUGCUGUUUUAAUGAUGUGGAAGCUGACAUUAUUGAGUCACUCAUGUUGCAAAAACAAGCCUUAAUAGUGCACACUUUCACUGUGUGAUGUAGACCAGUGGUCCAUGAUGCCACCCCCCCCCCCCCCCAUACAUAUAAGAAACCCUGAGGUUCUAGGUGAAACCCUUGCAUUUAAUUAUCAAAAAAAAUCUUAAAUCAAGAUGCUUUUACUAGAGAAGUAAAAUGACAUAAGAUAUUUCUUGUUUUCUGGGAAAAUAAAAUCAAAAUGAAGUGAGUUUUUGCUUAAAACAAGCGAAAUUAUGUGGGAAAGAAUGGGGAAAGAAAAUAAUCUUGUUUCUGUUUGGGACGGUAACAAGAGACAAGAUUUCAAACAGGAACAAGAUUAUUUUUCUUACCCCAUUGGGACAUAAUUUCACUUGUUUUAAGCAAAAACUCACUUCAUUUUGAUUUUAUUUUCCAGAAAACAAGAAAAAAUUAUGUCAUUAUACUUAUCUAGUUGAUUUAGGAAUUCUUAGAUAUUUAGACUAAACAAGACAAAAUACUAAAUAAGAAAAGCAUUUUUCCAAAGGUUUCCUUGGUUUCCUCUGUAAACAAAGCAGCACCAGCACUGCAUUAAUAGCCAUCAAACGGAGGCAAGAUUAAGAGGCCGUUCACAUAUUGCGUCUAAAAACGCGUAGAAAGCGCGGCCGCACCGCUUUAUUCUUCUUUCCAAAGCACUUGCGCUCCCGUGGCGUCUGUCGUAGCUAUGUAUCCAUGAACUGUGCUCUCCACGAGGAGUAGGAAGUUUCUGGGAAGUAGGAGUUUUCUCACAUAUGAGUGAAUUUUUUAAAUUUAUUUAUUUAUUUAUUUUUGUUGCUGAGCCCUAGCAGUGAGGCCACAUAAUUAAAAUGGGUUACCCUCAUUGGUGUGACAUCAUUUAGGUGGGCGGGGCAGGAAUCACACAGGAAGUUGACCAUGAAAUGCAUGAACUGAGGAAAAUGACAAAAGCUUUUGCCAGUUUUCAUAAUAAGGUUUGUAUUGCACAGAAGCACUCUUUCAUGUGAACAUGCAUUUUAUUUGGCAUUGGUAGCAGUUUAUCUUCCCAAAUUCUAGUUCCACUUCACUGGAUCAAUAACUAUGUAGUGUACUGGACAUUCAUGAGAAUGUCAAUUAAUUUUAUUUUAUUUUAUUUAUUUAUUUUUUAUUUUUUGCUGUCAUCAGCUUGGAGCUUUGGAGAAAAAAGUUUAAUACAUUGUGUUACAGUCAUGGUUCAGUGUGAAUAUGAGCCUUUUUAAAUGCUAAAAUCAGUACAGACAGAGGAAUCUGACAACAUAUUUCUGCAAUAUAUUAUUAAUAUUCAGUAUGAACAUCUGGACUGUAUCUCAGGAAUCAGUUUGUUACUGAAUCUGCUCCUCAUGAAGAGAUCUGUUCAUUCAGUCCCUCCAUCUACAUUCACUGCUGGUGCUGAGACUCGAACCCGCGACCUUCAGGUUACAAGUCUGACUGUCUAACCAUUAGGUCACAACUGCCCCUUAAACUAGGAAUUAUUGUUUUUAUUUUAUGUGCAAAAAAGGGAAAGUGUUCAUAGUGUGAAGAGUGAGAAUGAAUAACUGUGUCAAACUGUUUCUAUUUAUAUGUUGCUUUUGUCUGUUUAAUAGAUCAUCUGUUCAAUAGUAUCUAUUCUGAAAAACUAAAGCACUUUUGUAAGAAAUCUUGUUGGUUUGUAUUUUUGAAGGAAUGAAAUAUUUUUACUAUGUUCAGAAAAUGUGUUUUUAAUAAUAUAUAUAGUGAAAUAUGAAGAGGAAGUUCAGAUAGUUGAGCUCUUGCUGCAUCACAGAUUCAGACACAUUCAGGACUGAAAUCAGACUGAAAUGAUCAGAGAUCUUGUUCAAAUAAACUUCAUCAUAUUCAGCCGUAUGUGGAGCUGAACAGAAGAA